AUGGACAUGGCCAUUGGUAGUGAGCUUGGCUUCCCUACCGCUGCAAUCUGCACUACCCUUGCUCCCACUGGACCCCAUGAGUCUGUCACCGCUGUGGUGGCCACUGCUGUAGUCCUCAUGCCCCAGGUUGGAUUUGACUUGCAAGGAACCCCACAGUCUGGAUCCAAAAUAAAACCGCAGGCAUGCAGAGAUCUUGGCAUACUAUAUACAUCAUGCAGUUUAUCUGAGAUUCUGACUCUUAAACAUUGUCCCCCAGGUAUUGAUUAUAAGACGACAACAAUACUUCUAGAUGGCCGUCGAAUAAAACUACAGCUCUGGGAUACAUCGGGGCAAGGGAGAUUCUGUACCAUAUUUCGUUCCUACUCAAGAGGUGCUCAGGGGGUGAUACUAGUAUAUGACAUUACAAAUCGUUGGUCCUUUGAUGGUAUUGAUCGAUGGAUAAAAGAGAUAGAUGAGCAUGCUCCUGGUGUACCUAAAAUCCUGGUUGGAAAUCGCCUUCAUUUAGCCUUCAAGCGUCAAGUCUCUACUGAACAAGCACAAACCUAUGCCGAGAGAAUAGGCAUGACUUUUUUUGAAGUCAGCCCACUCUGUAACUUUAACAUUACAGAGUCUUUUACUGAACUGGCAAGGAUUGUGCUAAUGAGACAUGGGAUGGACCGGCUCUGGAGGCCAAACAAGGUACUAAGUCUGCAAGAUCUUUGUUGCCGUGCCAUAGUUUCCUGUACACCUGUGCAUCUUGUUGACAAGCUGCCUCUCCCUGUUGCCUUAAGAAGCCAUCUCAAAUCUUUCUCUAUGGCCAAUGGUCUUAAUGCCAGGAUGAUGCAUGGACGCUCCUACUCUCUUACUUCGAGCAACAACAAGAGGAACAGCCUAAAGAAAGCUAAAAUUAUCCGUCCACUACAGAGCCCACCCAAAAACUAUACACGAAACAGCUGUAAAAUUUCCUGAAUCUGACAUGGGCAAAAACAGAGUGGAAUCUCCUCACAAGGAGUGUUGAACACAAGAACUCUUGUUUUUAAUAGUUGAGCAUACUCUGCAUAUGUAUCACACUUACAUAGACAAAAUAAGAAAAAUCUUAUUUUAGAGCUUGCUCACCAUCAUAAUGCUGCUUUGGGAUGAAUGAUAAGUUCAGUGCAACUGAAAAGGAUGUGACACUUUGCUGUUGGACUUUAAUAUUUCAAGUUUUGAUGUGCAUGAUGCCCUUGGUUUUUUUAGGUGUAUUUUUAUAAAGGGAAUAAUCAUAGUAUUGAGUUCUUAAUUUCAUGAAAUCUUGAAGUGACUUUAUUGCGUAAUUAUAUCAAAUCCUGUUUAGCUGCAAACUUUAUUUGCAAAGAGGCAAAAGUGAGUGUAUUUGAUUUGCAUAUUCAGGCAAAGGUUUUUUUUAAAUGCAAUGUAUUGUAUACAUUGUAAACUACACAAAUAGUGAGAAAUUCUAGUAAUAUUGCAGUUGUGCGCCUAUUUUUUUGUACAUUUUCCUUGAUAACCUUGAAGCACUAAUUUAACGAAGCUGCAAACAUGUACAUAGAACAUUAUGCACAUACACAACAAGGUUUUGUCCGUUAGUGUAUGAAACAGAUUUGAUAAAGUUUUUGGUAUGUUAUUUAAUACUUUUGGGAUUAAUCUGUGGUUUAUAUGCUUAUUUUUCUGUAUAUCUACAUUUUUUGUACCAGAUGUUCUAUAAGAUAGUUAUAGGAAGAAAAUGCCAAAGACACUAUUCGUAACAGCUGUAAGAAGAAUGUGUUUGAAGUGCUGCUUUAUAAGGAAAGAAUAUUAUUUAAAAUAAAUGUAUCUGGAAGUGUGAA